AUGCCGGCCAAGAAGGAACUUACUCAGCAGCUGCUGCCGUAUGGUCCGGCGAAGGAUGAUCAGAAGCCUCCCGCUGGAGCAGAUGAGAUUCCCGAGCUGCGGCGAGGACGCGCGAUCGACUCGAAGCGAUAUCUAGCCACCAACCUCCCGCCCCUGUACAGGCUGCCUGAUAUCUUCGCUGACAUGGCAUCGAAGGCCCAGGAGCUGGGAUUCGAGCGUGUCCUCUCUCAGCUUGGUGGUCGACCACUUCGAGUGGCCACAAUGUGUUCAGGAACGGAAGCUCCUCUUCUGGCCCUAGAGUUGAUUCAGACGGGUCUCGUAUCAAACCAGCAAUUCCGGAUCUCGCACGCCUUCAGCUGCGAGAUUGUCCCAUUCAAGCAAUCAUACAUUGAACGAAACUUCCGCCCACCGGUGUUGUUCCGAGAUAUUACCGAGCUCGGUGGAGAGAAGGCGCGGACCGCCUAUGGAUCCUUGGAAGCAAUUCCAGGUGGCCUGGACAUUUUGAUUGCUGGCACCGCCUGUGUCGACUUUUCACCGUUGAACAGCGUCCAAAAGUCACUCCAGCAAGGUGGAGAAUCCGCGGCAACAUUUGGCGGCCUGUUGCAGUACGCAGAAAAAUAUCGACCCCAGAUGGUCAUCCAGGAGAAUGUCCGAGGCGCGCCAUGGGCUCAGAUGAAAGACAAGUGGGAGAAGCUCGGAUACAUGUGUGUGCAAGCCAACGUUGAUACCAAGCACUACUACAUCCCGCAGACACGCGAGCGUGGGUACAUGGUUAUCAUUGACCAGCGCCGCUUGAAAGAAGUCGGCCUGAUUAACCCUCUGGACCCGCGGGGAAUGACACUCGCUGGACGCGUUAGCGACCUUAUCGAGAAGUUCAAACGCCCAGCAAGUGCGCCUGUCGGACAAUUCAUGCUAGACGAUGACGACCGCCGACUCGAGCUCAUCGAGAUGAAAGCCUGCCUCGAGUCCCGGAGCGAGGUCAGUUGGGAACAGUACAAAAUCCGGCACGCUCAGCACCGAAAAGACCUUGCUUUGGGCACCGGGAGACCGAUUACUCGGUCCCUGCCCGGAGUCAAUGACCUGCAGGCGCCUGACUUCUACUGGCACCGUUUCUGGCGGACGCAGCCAGAGCGAGUGUGGGACACGAUCGACAUCAAUUUCUUGAAGCGAAUGCUUCAAGGAUAUGAUAUGAAUCACAAGGAACGUUGGAUUGACCUGUCUCAGGGCGUUGAUCGAAGCAAUGAGACAAUUGCAAGUGCUGGAGUUGCAGGUUGCAUAACACCGAAGGGAAUACCCUUCUCAACCACCAGGGGCGGCCCCGUAUCUGGCACGGAGGCUCUUUCACUGCAAGGCCUGCCACUCGAUCGGAUGCUGCUGACCAGAGAAACAAACGCCGAUUUGAUGGACAUGGCAGGUAAUGCAAUGACCAGUACUGUAGUGUGUGCAGUCAUGCUUGCUGGUUUGAUAGCCGUGCAUAAAAUUCUCGACAACGACAAAGCGGGUUCAAUCCCACCCGGCGACACGCAGACACCACGUCUUGUUCCAAACGAGGUUUACGGCUUCGUGAGACGCACUCUCCAAGUCGCCGACGUUCCCCCUGUCGACCAGUUUGCUAUGAAAGCCAAAGCAGCGUGCAGUGUGAUUUGUUGUUACUGCGAGAGGCAGACUGGGGUUCAUGAUUCGAUCUUCCUCUGCACACUAUGCGGGCAUACCGCUUGCGGAUCCUGCCGUGGCAACCCAACACACUCAUAUCGGCAUGUUUCCCCUCUUUCCAGAGCGAAGCCUUCAGAAUUCAUUGAAGAUGUGAAAAGUGUGGUGCCGAUGAAGAUCAGGCUUUCCGGCCUAUCUGAUUCGACUUUCGAGACAUUUAAACCCCUUUACUCAGGCGAAAUUCUCGCCCAAUUCUGGGGCGACUUCCUUCAAUGCACCAGGUCUGCCGUGCACGACCAAUUUCGCUUUUUUGAGAUCAAGCGCGGAAGAAAAUGGCGAGUUGUGUACGAGGGCGAUCACUCGAACUUGUUCCUUGAAAUCGGUCCGGACUCUAUCCAGUGGCUUUUGUACGCAAAGCCCCCCGAGUCUGCAAGCAUGCGAAGCCCCAUUCGCGAAAUAUUGGCCAAGCCAAUCGCACGAAUGAGUCCGGGCCCUGUGUCGCUUCUCCGUGGUCAUUGGGAUGUAUCAUCGCCAAUAAGCACGUUAUUGUCAUUGACAAUCACCGGUCGAGGAAAUCAUGUUCCCUCGUUCCAAGCUACGUGUGGUCUUCAAGACCCCAUUGUGAACGAGUCAAAAGUUUGGGACAGUCUCCUGGUUCAAGGACCGUGUGAAAACGGCGCAGUUCUCGAUGUUGACGUCGAAGGAGUGUACAAUUGGCUCCCUGAGUGUGGAACAGCGCUGGGAUCUUUGUACCGCAGGGAAGAUAACACCGCGAAUAGGCCUCCAGUAUUCCUGUACUUGGACCAGACAAAGAUCGGACCGCUCGAUGAGGAUGCUUGUGUAUUUGCCUUGGAACACAACCGGCGAACAGGAUAUGAUGCGAGAACGACCAUCGCUGAGUUAUCCCCAACCUGGAGAGCAUGGGAUGUAACGUCGGAUUCGCAACGUGUGUCUGCCUCCUGUCGCCAAUGGGCCAAGGCUCCCAACGUGCAGUUCGUCCUUUGUGACGGUGAACACAUUACCCUCGACACCUUGCAACCCGGUGUUCAAGUCUCGAUUGGAAAUCAUGGAUGCCACAAUGCUUCUGUGACCCUCGUGUCGCUGGGAGCCUCUACAGCCACCAUCAAUCUGCCCAAGGCAACCACCUAUUGGCAAUCAUGGGAUCCAGAAGCCUCUGCGAGAGAAUUGAAGAGCCUCGCUUGGUUGUUCCCAAAGAUCUCGGCAUGGUCCGAUUUCGAAAACUGGAGCGAAAUCCUCUGCCCAGGCUCCUCGGAUCACAGCCAUGACCUGCGCGAUAAUUGUGAUACUUGCAAUCCUCCGGGACCAACCAUGAUUUGGGGCCGGGACAAAGCUGGCCGGAUUAUGCCUAUUGAGAACCCCCAGGAGGCUGCAUUGUACGAGCAUGCCAUCAAAACCCGACCCUCGCCGUUCUUGGUGUUCAGAAGGGUCAACGAGCAAGGAGAUGCUGAAUUGAGAUUUACUCUCAAUGUUCAGGCCCUGACGCACCAGGCACAAGGGAAAUUGGUUGGCGUCGCAGGCCGUGAGACGGUCAAAUCUCACUGGCGACUACUCCCGCAUGCGUACGAUAUGAACCACCGCAAUCCAGCUAUGUUUACCUUGAUGAACAACAAGAACGAUGCGUGUGCACUACAGCCUCCCAAUUUCAUAUUCAAGCUGCGGACAGAACAGCUUCGCUCGUUGAACUGGAUGGUUUCACAAGAAGCUGCCGACAUUGAACCGUUUGCGGAAGAAGAAGUCGAAGAGGCGAUCCUUCCGGUGAUGCCCUGGCGCGCUGAAGUUAAAGUGACCAUGCCAAAAGUUAUCCGCGGUGGUGUGCUAGCUGACGAGGUUGGAUAUGGAAAAACUGCCAUAGUCCUUGCACUUAUCGAUGCUCAAUGGAUGAAAGAUUACAGUCGCCCCGUUGAAGACCACGGGCUGAUACCCACAAAUGCCACUUUGAUCAUUGUUCCCAAGAACGUGUUCACGCAGUGGGUUUCGGAAUGCAAAAAGUUCCUUGGAAGCAUGUACAACGUCUUGGCGAUAUCGACAAACAUCAACAGAGUCACGAUCAGGGCUGUCCAAGAUGCCGAUAUCGUGAUUUUGUCAUGGAGUGUCCUGGGCGGCGAUGCUUAUUACGCCCGACUGCAAAGAUUUACCGGGGCACCGCAGGCUCCCGGAAAAGGGAACGGACCAACAGGUAGAAACUUCGAAAGCUGGUUCAAUGACGCUCGUGCUUCCCUGCGAGAGUCUGUUGGCACAUUGAGAACGUUCGGCCCUGAGGCGAUGCUUCAGCAAUUGGAGGCCCGCCGUCGCCGAGUUCAAGAGACGCAAACCGAAUCCACUUACGUACCUUCCAGGCGCCUCCGUGGCAAAGCAUUUGCCGCAGCUAAUCAUGGCUCGGAAACAGAAAAUGGCUCGGGAGCAACUGAGGAUGCGGAUACAGGGCCUGCUCCAGGAUUGGACGAUUCCGACGACACUGACAACUCCAACGACUCUGAAGAUUCCGAUGAUCCCGAUUCGGAUCAAGUAUCAUCAACCACUACAGGUCAGCCGAAGCGAGGGUGUGCGAAGGAGGGUCCAGCCGAGAAACGGCGAAAAACCACCUCGUCCAGUCUGAAGACGAAAAGCCGUACCAAGCCGAAGGCCGUCAGGGAUGACCGUGCGGAAUUCAAUAUACCGGCAGGUCACGAUCAAGACUGGCGGAUUGUUAAGGGCGCAUUCUUGCACGCUUUCAGGUUUAAUCGUGUAGUAAUCGACGAAUACACAUACGCCGGGGAAGGAAAGGAGAUAGCCCUGCUCUCAUUAGAAGCGCGUUCGAAAUGGGUGCUUUCUGGGACGCCUGCACUUGAUGAAUUUGCUGACAUCAAGAGUAUUGCGCUUUACCUCGGUCUCAACCUUGGUAUUGACGACGAUGGCGAUUGUGAGAUGCCGAGCAAGAACCCUCGACUGCGAGAUGUGCGGAAAAGGUACACGAAAGUCGAGGCAUUCCAAUCAUACCACGCCUCUCGCAGCAAUGCGUGGUAUAGUAACCGCAGGGAUCUUGCACAAAGAUUCCUGGACCGAUACGCACGCCAGAACACCGCAGAGACCAAGGGCAUUGAGUGCCAUCAGACACUUGUCAUGAUUGAUCCGUCCCCAGCCGAGGCUAGAAACUACAAGCUGCUAUUUGACGCACUGGAAAACGAGACCAAGAGUGUCUCCGGGCCGGUGAACAGCAUCUUGUCAAGGAAACUGCCUCCCACGGAGUCUCUCGUCAUGUGUAGUGUGGUCACCCAGGUUGGGAAGCAAAACUGGAUCCCCACACAGGAAGUGAUGAAAAAUGUGCAUACGCAAACGCUUCAGACCGAAUCCAGAAUAGACUCGCUCAUUAGUGAAGCGGUUACAUUUUGGUAUCGGGAACCGGAGGGGCGAGCAGGAAACCCUACAGCGACAGCUUCAAAGAAAACCACGCUCAAAGGCAAAGCCACAGAAACCACCCCGGAAGACAUUUCGCCGGCAGGUUGCCGAGACUCUCUGAUUGCCGUGGUGAAAGACGAAUUUGAUGUGGGCCUCGGCGAAGACUUCAUCAGACGUUUGAGGUUGGGCUUUGAUUCGUACGACGACAGGAAAGUUGUUGAAGAAACCAAAGCAAAGGUCGACGGACGGUUUCAGAAAGCCUUGAGCUUGGUCAGGGCAAGACGUGUCAGACCUACAAACAGUGCAGGAAUCGAUGAUGCACCCGCCGUUGCAGCGUCAAAGGUUCGUCAGAAUCUAGGAAAUGAAAUCCUUGCUCAGUUGAAGCAAGCGGCCAAAUUGUUGCGUCAAGAUCGAUACAAUCAACAUUUGCUCCAGAUAUCCAGUGGGCAAACCCCACAAUGUGAAUAUGAAGCCUGCGCAACGUGGGAAGUGGAUGCAAAUAUCCACAUCAUCGAAGUCUGCGGGCACGCCCUCUGCAAGAAUUGCCUUGCUACUGCGAAGGUGACCGAGUCCUGCCCCGUUGAAGGCUGCAAGGCCAAGUUUGAAGCAUCAAAGGUUAUCUGCCGUGACGAUGUGAUCAACGAGGGUACAACCAGGAGCUCCAAGCUCGACCAGCUCGUCCGAAUUAUCCAGAACACCCCACAGGAUGAGCUUGUCAUUGUUUUCAUUCAAGCACCCACUCUCGUGCUCGUCACGUCCGAUGCCCUUCGGAAUGCUGGGAUUGAGCAUCGCAAGGUCACCAAGACCACCGGCAUGAAAGGGAUCACUGACUUCACUGAGGGGUCCAAGCCGAAGAGAGGCUCAUCGGAAGUCCUUCCACGCCCCAAGGCUUUGCUGCUCGAACUGGGUAGUUCAAUGGCUGCAGGAUUAAACCUGCAAUGCGCAAAUCACGUCAUCUUUUUGUCCCCAUUAAUUGCCGCUACCCAGAGGGAUUACAAUUCUGGGAUGACCCAAGCCAUUGGUCGUGCGCGCCGAUAUGGGCAGACACGAACAGUCUACGUGUACCAUCUGCUCGUAAAAUACACGUACGACGUGAAUGUCUACCAGAGCGCGCACGGAGGCAGGCUCGUGGAGCGUGGCGGUGGGCCAAAAGUGGUCCCCGACAGCGAAGUCGGACCAGGAGACACCAAGUAUGAAGGAAAGGAGAUGCCAGUCAAAACUGGCCGUUAA